CGUCGUGAUUCCUUCUCUCCUCCUCCAAGCCAUCGUCAACCUGUAAGUGCUCCUCGCCGGCCGCAUCGAAGUCGCGCGGCUCCAGCGUCACUGUCGAGGGCUUCAAGCUAACCUCCUUCGCAGCAGUCGCAGCAGGAACAACAACAACGAUGGACCCCAACCCUCUCAAGCGCACCCUCCCCGGGGACGUGGAGGACGAGGCGCACGCGCGGCUCGGAACCGUCGCCGCCGGUGCCUCUGCGGUCAUGGGCGAGGCAGGAGAGUUGCUGCAUCUCCAGCAGCAGCAGCAAGCUCCCCCGGCCCCCCGGACCCCCUCGCCGCCUCCACAAGUGGACGGCCCGUCCUCGCCUUCGGCGUCGACGAAGAGCCAUCAAAACUGUAAGGCCCGUGGACGCCAUCGAUACGGCGCAGGGCUGGCCUGGCACCGAUUCGGUGUCGAUAAGGUGGAGAUGCCCAAUGUGCACAACUGUGCUGCAUCUACCGAGAGCAGGAGUCGCACGAGGCAAAGCUCACACGUCAGAGUCCAUUCACAGCCAGGUGGUGCUCCCCCCGUUGGCCACCCUCAAGAUGGCGCGCUGGAAUCUGCUGUCGAAGAACCUAGCCUGUGCGAAAGAGGGCUGGGAGAUCGCGGUGUUCUAGGAGUCGUUAUGCCAAACGGAGAGCGGAGAUGUGAAUCACUCUGGGCUAGGGGAUUAAGCUCCAACAGCUGGAAAUGGCGCCGUUGGCUGGGUGAAGCUGGCUCUGGCGUGGCAGGAGCGGGUCCACGCCGUGCCUUCCCGGGAAGCUCAGAAGGCAUGGAGGCCAUGACUGCGCUGCCCCGUCAUCGUUCACCUCAGCGUAUUGAUGCUGACUGCUCGCGUUGGUACCAAGCUCCCUGGUACAGAUUCGCGCCUCAGUGCGCCAGCGACACCCUGAGCCACGGCGCUACACCGUGAGUGAGAACAAACACAGGUCAAGUGCCCGCUGCUCGUUGGCGAGAACGCAAAUAUGCAGCCGCGUCCACGUGCACCUCGAACGCCAGCGCAAUGCUCCCCUCUAGAAACAGCCUGCGAACGCGUACAGCCAGGAUGCUUCGAGGGCA